CUCAUACAGAUCACUCAGCAAUACUACUCCGAGCGUUAUAACUUAUAACUAAGAAACAGAUCGAUCAAGAUGGCCGGAACCCUAGCUAAGCUUUCAUGUGUGCUCGUGAUGUGCAUGGUGGUCGCCGAAGCAGCCAUGACAUGCAACCAGAUCCAGGGUGGGAUGGCACCGUGCCUUGGCUACCUCACCAAAGGUGGCACCCCCACCACGGGUUGCUGUACCAACCUGAGAAACAUGGUCAACUCGGCGACGUCCACCGUUGACCGCCAGAAUGCUUGCAAGUGCCUGAAAGCAGCUGCUGCCAAAUUUCAAACCAUCAACCCAGACAACGCCGCUAAGCUCCCUUCCUACUGCAAUGUCAACAUUCCUUACAAGAUCAGCACCAACACCAACUGCGACAGCGUGAAAUGAAGAUCGAGUCGAUGAUAUAUGGAGAAGAGCAGGAUCGAUCUGAAGCUAGGAUUAGUAGCUACUUAAGUUGAGAAAUAAUAAGGGAUCGAUUGGGAGGCUUCAAAACCUGUCGUUUAUAAAAGUACUCUGCUUCUAUUUUCAUGUUACCAGUUUCGGGUGUAUGUUUAUUAUCUUCAGGAAAUUUAUCUCCUGCUACUUUUGGUCACAUCUAAUAAUAUCAAUUUUAUCUUUAAUUUUUCUUUUUUUUUUUUGUCAAU